GAUGGAAAUGUUGGCGAAUCAAGACCUCGAAAGGUCAACAUACCUCAUCGCUUCCGCAUAUUGCGCUAUGCGUAGUUCGAGGUUAGAAGAUGGUGAAUGACCACUCAGAGGUGGGCGCGUCCACGCCGCCGUGAUCAAACCGGAUGCUCAGUCGGAUGAUGGCGAUUUAUAAAUAUGACACGGCCAUCUUGAAGUGGCCUUCCCAUUAUUCGAAACAUACACCACCGGUACUACUAUUCGAACGGAGAAUAUGGCACAUCUGGAGUCUCGCAAACACAUUUCGCCCGACUCGGGUUUUCCGAUAACACUUCACCCGAAAUUCUCGGAAAAGAUCAAACACCACACACCAAGCGAGGAACCUCGAAAGGAGAUAAUCCCUGAUAAGGACCGUGCAUCCUACGCCGACCCUGAAAAGAAAGCGUUGUUCUCUGUCGCCAAGCGGGCUGAUUUGACAGAAUCGAUCGGCACUGUUCUUGAGAACGUCCAGCUCUCCCAGCUGUCACCUCAGCAACUUGAUGAAUUGGCACUUCUCGUCAAUGAACGCGGUGUUGUAUUCUUCCGAGACCAAGAUCUGACCACGGACAAGCAAGUUGAGCUUUUCGAGCACUAUGGUAUUCUCGACAGGCAUCCUGCACAGAAAGAUGCAAAGCAUGUCAUUAUCCGUGGAAGCAAGGAGGAUCACCGCGAGGUCUUGAAGUAUACUCCCUGGCCAUCCGGUGACUUCCACGCGGACACGUCGUUUGAGAUCAACCCGCCGUCAUACUCCAUGUUGCGUAUGGAAGAGCACCCGGACCUUGGAGGAGAUACCGCCUGGGUGUCUGGCUAUGGGCUGUAUGAUACACUAAGCAAGGCAAUGCAACGGUUCAUUGACGGGUUACACGCCGUGCAUACCUCGCGAUUGCAGUACGAUACCAUUCUAGACCUCUGGGGUGUCGGGCCUAACCGGCCUCCUGUGGACUCCCAUCAUCCUGCUGUGAGGACACAUCCGGUCACUGGACUCAAGGCCUUGAAUAUCAAUCCUGGCUUUGUUACCUCUUUCGCCGAGUUGAAUAAGGUCGAGUCGGACAAGUUACUCGACUUCUUUCAGUACCACAUCCAUUCUGCCGACGACCAUUACGUCAGAUGGAAGUGGACUGUAGGCAGUGUAGCAAUGUGGGACAACAGGUGUGUAUUACAUCGUGUAAUUCCAGGUAGAUAUGAGGGCAACCGGAGAGGAAUUCGAACGACUGUCUUCGGCGAGAAGCGUGAGUUGGCUUUGCCUUACCAAGAACCUCGCUACACUGACUGAUUUUUACCAGCUUAUUUUGAUUCCUCGAGUGAAAGUCGCUAUGAGCGAGAAGAUCGGUUGAAGCAAAACAAUCAAACAGAGGAAGCUCAGGUGCAAAAGGAAGUGGUCAUCAACACAUCAGCAUAAGAUUUCUU